AUGCCCGAGCCUCCGCCAGCCCCUGUGGGAGCUGCGGCGAAGAAGGGCGGCAAAGGCAAGGACGACAAAAAAACCGACAGUAAAGCCAGCGACGGCAAAAAAGAAGGAAAAACCGGCGAUAGCAAAAAGGACGGCAAGUCAGGCGAUAGUAAAAAGGAGGGGAAAACAGGCGACGGCAGCAAGUCGAAAGGAUCAUUCUCCGUGCCCUCCUCGUCCUCCAAAUCUUCCACCUCGUUACCCGCUGCUCCCGCGCCAAAGCCUACGGUCGCGCUGCUCGUGCGCUCGUCUCUGCCCCCCGCUGCCAAGGCUGCCGCAUCCGUGGCUAAGUCCGCGUCUGGUGGGGCCGGCCCCACGUCCCCGUCGUCUAAAAGCGGGGGUAUAGGCGCGCCUGGUGGGGGUAGUGGGAGUGGGGGAGUGCCGGUGAAGGUUUUGUCUAAGUCCUGGAGUGCUGCUGCUGCGGGGUUGAAGGAUGCGGCAGCAGCAGCCGUUGGGGCUGUGAGCAGCAGCAGCAGUAGUGGUGGCGGUGGGAGUGGAGGGAGCGGGCCUGUGAAUGCGUGGUCGUCGUCGCCUGGCAUCGUGUCCGGACCGUCCAAAGGGAAGGCCUCGGAGAGCAAGGCGGAAAAGGUCUCGUCUCCAAAGGACUCCUCCUUGCAACAAGACGCCAGUACCGGAGGCAAGGCGUCUGACAAGCCUGGCGCAGGAGGAGCAGGAGGCGAGGAAAAGAGCAGGAAAGACAAGGCUGGGAGCAAGGCGGCGAGCCAAGAAGGGGAGGGGAAAGCGGAGAGUGGUAGUGGUGGUGGUAGUGGUAAGGGGAGUCAAUCCAGACAGAAGAAGAAAGGCAAGGAGCAAUCGGUUCCCGCACCAGCGGUGCCUGCUCCGGUAACCGCCGCCGUGCCUGCGAACUCGGUCUGGAAAGCCAAGCCUGCCGCGCUGCUGCUUCGGCCAGAGGCUGGGAAGGCGCAGGCACCGAGCCAACAGCAGGCGCAGCAGCAGAAGCAGCCACCGCAGCAGCAGGAACAGCAGCCGCAGCAGCAGGAACAGCAGCAGCAGGGGAAGCAGGCUGGAAGGGCGACAACAGAGUCGCAAGGGAAGUCAAAUACCACUGUCACCUCCUCUUCUGUACCUCCGCCCAUCAAAACCACGACCACCGUCUCCCCAGACCCCCCUGCCCCCUCUUCCUCCCACCUCCCGUCCUCCACUUCCCUCUCCGUCUGGACCAAGGAAUCCUCCUCACUCCACUCCACCUCUCUCCACUCCUCCUCACCCUCCUCCCUCCACUCCUCUCUCCAUCCCGCGCCCCCGUCCUCCUCCUCAUCCUCCUCCUCCACACCAACUGAGUGCGAAUUCUCAACGACCUCAGGGCUCUCCUCCCCCCCUUCCUCCUUCCCCUCCACUCCCCGCGCCAUGGCCAGCCUCUCCCCCUCCGCCAGCAUUGGCAGUUGCGCCGACCACCUCCCUGCCGAGCCUGUCACCGAGCCUGCCUCCAGCCCAGCAGAGCCGGCUGGCGAGCCCAGCGUCGUGGGUUCGGAAGCGCCGUUGAGUGGGGAGGGGAGUGGGAGCGGAAGGGCGGUUGGUGAUGUGGGCGUGCAGGAGAGGUUGCGAGAGAAAGCAGAUUUGCAGGUACAGCAGCAGCAGCAGUCUCAGCAACAGCAGCAGCAGCAGCAGCAGCCGCAGCAGCAGCCCCGGGAUAAGCUGGUGGUUGCAGAGAGUGUUGCAGCAGCAGCAGGAGAGGCGAGCAAGGGCAGAAAUGCAUCAAAUCUGGGCAUGGGCUCAGUUUCCAUUGAUGCCGCUGGAGGGAACACCGCCUCGGGUGGGCUGCGCCCGUGGAGUGAUGCGUGCCGCUUCGCCCUGGAGACGAAUCGCCGGCGAGUCUACGUGCACCAGCUGCAAGAGCUCGGAUUCCCCUUGGGAGAGGCAGCGCAGGCAGUGCUGGUGCACGGGGGAGACCUGGGUGGCUGUCUCAACCACCUGCUCGUCUACCACGAGUGCUCCUGCCGCCCCUCUGCUCUCUCUGCUCUCACGCCCUCCCCAUUCGUCGAUAUUUCCCUCGAGUUGCAAGCUCUCUCUGAGAUCAUGUCAGCGGGAUCGCUGCCCCAGGACCUGUUGGAACAUGCGUUGGUGCUGGCCUCGGGAGACAUCAGCUAUGCCCUGCACCUCGUCAUCUCCCAUCCCCACGGCCUCCCCUCCUCACUCCCCUCCACCCAGCCCUUCCCCUUCUACUCCUCUCCCGUCCCCUCCACCACCACCAACACCGCAACCACCACCACCUCCUCCUCUACUCACUCCUCCCUUCCUCCUCCCCACCCUUUUCAGUCGAACCACUGCAUACCGCACCAGACCACUGCCUUCCCUGUUGGUCCUUCUGACCCUGUCUUUGCCCAUCUGUCCCGCUCCGCCUCCCCCUCCCCCUCCCCCUCGCCACCCUCUCCUCUCCCUGAAUACACCAUCCCAUCUCCAUCGCUCGUCAUCCCCCUCUCGAAUACCAACGCUGGCACCUACUCUCACAACCCUAUAACCACACUCACUCCCACCACCACUUCCUCCUCUUCCUCCCUCCAGCACACAUCUCUUCUCUCGGGAAUUUGGUCUAGCUCAUCGCCGAACCUUCCUUCUGCCGCCCAUGCCAGUCCCGCACCUCCUCCUGGGUUCGGCCCGAGCCUCAAUGCCGCUGCUGCUCCACUCGGUAACAGUGCCAGCUUCGGCACUCUCGAGGCUCGCAGUGGGAGUCCUGCCCCGAACAUCAUCCCGGGCAGCGGAUGGAAUUAUAACGGCCUGCCCGAGUUGAAAUCGCAGCAGCGUGUUGAGCCCGUGGGAGGGUGUGAAGCUGGCAGGAAAGUUUAUGUGCCCGAGAGCAUAGGCAGGUUGUGGGGGGCGUCAGCAGGAGCAGCAGCAGGCAUGGCGGUACAGGACGAUUCGCAGUGGUUGUAUGGGGUGAACAGCGAUAGGAGCAGCGGCACGACCAGUGGGCUCAGCAGCUGCAGCAAUAGCAGCCACGGCUACUCGCAAUAUUCUGAAGAGGAGGGGCUUGGUGAUUCGCUGUUGCUGCUACCAGGGGAUGAGGAGGAUCUUUUCUCCCGGAUCCUCCCUGGUCUGCUGGGUUAA